GUAAAUUAUCAAGCACUUUUAAUAGUCUUGUCAUCCGUGGCAUUAAUUUGUUUGAUUAUGCCAGUUUGUGUCCAUAUCAAAAAUCCUGAUGGUAUUCCAUAUCUUUCUUUAUUUCUUUGGUUGACAUUACUAAAUAUUGAAACACUAGUUAACGCAAUUAUUUGGGGUGGUGAAAAUUUUAGAAGCGUUUGGGAUGGAAAAGUCUGGUGUGAUUUUUAUGCCUAUAUUAAUGAUGCUUCAACUACAGGAAUCUGUUGUGCGAUAACUGGGAUAGCAUUCCAUAUGUAUUGCAUCUUAUCCACUAAUCGUUUUCUACAAUUCAAAAGAUGGAAAAAGAAUUUGAUCUUUUUAACAAUUUGUUGGGCUCAACCGAUUUUAAUUAUCUCUUUGUCUUAUAUUGUAUACACAAUGAGGUUUGCUAUUUUCAAGUUCAAUGGUUGUAUAGCUGCUCACUCAGCUACUUGGCCUACUAUUGUCAUCAUUAUUAUGUGGCCCUUGAUUUGGUCCAUUAUUGGUAUUAUUCUAUCUUCUUUAACGUUGUUCAGAUACUUUAAAAAUAGAAAAGAUGCAAAGGAUAUUUUCCACUGCACAAAGUCUGGUUUAACAGUUGCAAAAUUCAUCAGAUCAAUUUUAUUUUGCUUUUUAACUUUGUUUAUAUUGACUCCAAUUUUGGUUAUCUAUUUCAUUGAAAAUUUUAACAUCUAUGAUUCCUACGACUGGGAUAAAGUUCAUGACAAGUUAAUGUGGUCUCUAUCAUUUUAUCGCUCUAUUGACCAGCCUAUUUAUGAUCGUUAUGUCUUGUCAGUGUUGUGUUAUUUAGCCUUUAUUAUCUUUGGGUUAGGCAAGGAGACUCAUUCUAAGUACAAAGCGUUGUUGAAGUGGAUUGGAUUAUCUUUUUUGGUU